AACUUCGGACUUGGGUUUAUUUAUUUGCGGAGCGCCUGGACGGCGGAGGUUGGAGGAGGCGGCGGCUGUGGCUGCCGCAGACGGUGGUUAAAAAAAGGAGGAGGAGGCGGCGGCGGCGGCGAGGGAUGGGAGCGCCCAGGCUUCGGGGCGCAGGCCAGAGCUGCCGAGCUUUCCUGGGGCUGCGGGAGUACUGAGGAGGAAGGGGAACGUCCCGGGGGCCCACAGGCGACUCCAGAGGCCCGGGCUGGGGUCUUUUUGUUCGGCUGCGCUCAGCGCCCAGCAGCCAAAGCGGACAACUCCAGUUACAACAACAACCCACCUUCCAGCAGCCCGGCGAGACUUAGGCAGCCGCGUCCGUCCUAUUGUUUAGACACUUGCCUGGGGCUCCGGAGCGCCAGUCCCUGCUCUCUGUCUCCGCCUUCUCUCUCCCCCCCACCUUCCUCCCGGGAGCCGCAGGCGCCGAAAGCUUCCUAGAGAGGGGAAGGGGCUAGAAGCUAAGCGCUGCCUGGACUGCGGUCGCCGAGUCAGGUGCAGCGUCCGGGGCCAAAGCAGCAUCUCAGCGUCCGCGCUUGGACUCCUCCCGUGACAGUGGGAGACCGGAUCCAACGCCUGGGGAAACUUCCUGCACUUUGAGGUUGAGGACCCACUUGCAGGGGCUGCCUGGCGGGUGGCUGAGAGGCUGCGCACCUCAGGACAACGCUGCUGUUUCUUCUACCUGUGCCGUCAGGUGUGUGCGGUGGAGCUGCGGCGUAUCCCGGAGACCAGAGGUGCUGACAAGAGCGCGGACACCCGAUCGCCAGUCGGCUGUCGCCUGUGAUCUACCUGGGUAGCAGAUCCCAUUCUCCCGCCUAUCACCUAGUAUACCCACCAGGGCAUACUAGCAGAACUGGGAGCGCGGACACCUAGCCUUUGCUUUGCUUCUCCUGGCUUGCCUGUCGACGAGUCUUGCUCCAGCCAGUUCCCACUCAAUCUUCCUAGGAGCUCUCGCUCUCCUACUAAACUUGGCUUCCUGGAUUUUUUUUUUUUUCUGCAGAGGUGCGGACUAGUGGAUAUUUCUGCAGGGCUGCAGCGGUCCGAUUGCCCUUUUGUCUCUCUGUGUGACCUCAGGGGCAGGCCCUGGUGCAGAGCGUCGCCAAGGACGCCAGGAGGGAGGCGGGAUUGCCUAGAUAUCCUCCAGUGAAGUGCAUGUGUGUGUGCAAGACAUCCUUGGCUGUCGGGAGGCGGCGAAGACGGGUUGGGGCUGCUGCUGUGCCGCAGGAGUGAAGAGGCCCUGUGAGCUGAGCCCUGCGCCCCGCAGCGCCGCCCGGCGCCCCCAGAGCUGCGUGAACAGCCGGUGCGCCCCCGCGCGCGCGCCAUGCCCAGUAUCUCCGAGGGCUCUGCUUUGGACCUGCCAGGCCCUUUCGCCUUUUAGCUUCCGGGAGCCCAAUUUGAUCAGGGCCACCAUUACUAUUGAAGCCCCCUCCUCAGCCUUGUACUCUUCCAACUGGAAUCGGAUUUGCUAGAGGGUCCGUGGGGUCAGAAGCCCUCGCUUGUCCUCAAGCAACCAGCCCCUGCAUCUUUGCGGUCAUUUCGAGUAGGAGCUUUUUUUUUUUUUUUUUUACCGCCAAGUUGAAGACGCGCUCCGUCCUCACAGCUGCUUGGGGUCUCCUCGCAGUCUGAUCUGGGCCUACUGAUAUUCAGGAUCUGAAGUUGCCCACGGAUCUUCUGCUCUGCUCGAAAAGCGUGGAAAGCAGGGGAAAGGCGUGUGCUUCUGCCAGCUCUACUGCCUUAUAUUACUGUUCCAUAUUACUGUGUGUGCCCAGCGUCAGGCACCGGGCCUUGGACACUGCCCAGUUCUCACACAACAGAGAGCUAAAGAGAAGUCCCUCGAAGCAAAGAGCCCGCUGGGGAAGAUGAGCAGCAUUGGCUGGCAAACACUGUCCCUGUCGCUGGGGUUAGUGUUGUCGAUUUUGAACAAGGUAGCGCCGCAGGCGUGCCCGGCUCAGUGCUCCUGUUCAGGCAGCACGGUGGACUGUCAUGGGCUGGCACUGCGCAGCGUGCCCAGGAAUAUCCCCCGCAACACCGAGAGACUGGAUCUGAACGGAAAUAACAUCACAAGGAUCACGAAGACAGAUUUUGCUGGUCUCAGGCACCUCAGAGUUCUUCAGCUCAUGGAGAACAAGAUCAGCACCAUCGAGAGGGGAGCAUUCCAGGACCUUAAGGAGCUGGAGAGAUUGCGUUUAAACAGAAAUAACCUUCAGUUGUUUCCUGAGCUGCUCUUUCUCGGGACUGCGAAGCUCUACCGGCUUGAUCUCAGUGAAAAUCAAAUUCAAGCAAUUCCAAGGAAAGCUUUCCGUGGGGCAGUUGACAUUAAAAAUUUGCAACUGGAUUACAACCAGAUCAGCUGCAUUGAAGAUGGAGCAUUUAGAGCUCUAAGAGAUCUAGAAGUACUCACACUCAACAAUAACAAUAUUACUAGACUUUCAGUGGCAAGUUUCAACCAUAUGCCUAAACUUAGGACAUUUCGACUCCAUUCGAACAACUUGUACUGCGACUGCCACCUGGCCUGGCUCUCGGACUGGCUUCGCCAAAGGCCUCGGGUGGGCUUGUACACUCAGUGUAUGGGCCCAUCCCAUCUGAGGGGACAUAAUGUAGCAGAGGUUCAAAAACGAGAAUUUGUCUGCAGUGAUGAGGAAGAAGGUCACCAGUCAUUCAUGGCUCCCUCUUGCAGUGUUCUGCACUGCCCUGCUGCCUGUACCUGUAGCAACAAUAUUGUAGACUGCCGAGGGAAAGGCCUCACCGAGAUCCCCACAAAUCUUCCUGAGACCAUCACGGAAAUACGUUUGGAACAGAACUCCAUCAGGGUCAUCCCUCCUGGAGCUUUCUCACCAUAUAAAAAGCUCAGAAGAAUUGACCUCAGCAAUAAUCAGAUCUCUGAGCUUGCCCCAGAUGCCUUCCAAGGACUGCGCUCUCUGAAUUCACUUGUCUUGUAUGGAAAUAAGAUCACAGAACUCCCAAAAAGUUUAUUUGAAGGACUAUUUUCCUUACAACUACUAUUAUUGAAUGCCAACAAGAUAAAUUGCCUUCGGGUAGAUGCUUUUCAGGACCUUCACAACUUGAACCUACUCUCCUUGUAUGACAACAAGCUUCAGACUGUUGCCAAGGGCACCUUCUCAGCUCUCAGAGCCAUCCAAACUAUGCAUUUGGCCCAGAACCCUUUCAUUUGUGACUGCCAUCUCAAGUGGCUAGCGGAUUAUCUACACACCAACCCAAUUGAGACCAGCGGUGCCCGUUGCACCAGCCCCCGCCGCCUGGCUAACAAAAGAAUUGGACAGAUCAAAAGCAAGAAAUUCCGUUGUUCAGCUAAAGAACAGUAUUUCAUUCCAGGCACAGAAGAUUAUCGAUCAAAAUUAAGUGGAGACUGCUUUGCAGACUUGGCUUGUCCUGAAAAGUGUCGCUGUGAAGGGACCACUGUAGAUUGCUCCAAUCAAAAACUCAACAAAAUCCCAGACCAUAUUCCCCAAUACACAGCAGAGCUGCGUCUCAAUAAUAAUGAAUUCACAGUGUUAGAAGCCACAGGAAUAUUUAAGAAACUUCCUCAGUUACGUAAAAUCAACUUUAGCAACAAUAAGAUCACCGAUAUCGAGGAAGGAGCAUUUGAAGGCGCAUCUGGUGUGAAUGAACUUCUUCUCACCAGUAAUCGUUUGGAAAAUGUUCAGUAUAAGAUGUUCAAAGGAUUGGAAAGCCUCAAAACAUUGAUGCUGAGAAGUAAUCGAAUAAGCUGUGUUGGAAACGACAGUUUCAUAGGACUUGGCUCUGUGCGCCUGCUUUCCUUAUAUGACAAUCAAAUUACUACAAUUGCACCAGGGGCAUUUGAUACUCUCCAUUCCUUAUCUACACUAAACCUCUUGGCCAAUCCUUUCAACUGUAACUGUCACCUGGCAUGGCUGGGAGAAUGGCUCAGAAAGAAAAGAAUUGUAACAGGAAAUCCUCGAUGCCAAAAGCCCUACUUCCUCAAGGAAAUCCCCAUCCAGGAUGUAGCCAUUCAGGACUUCACCUGUGAUGAUGGGAAUGAUGACAACAGUUGCUCCCCACUCUCUCGUUGUCCUUCGGAGUGUACUUGCCUGGAUACAGUCGUCCGAUGUAGCAACAAGGGCCUGAAGUUCUUGCCGAAAGGUAUUCCAAGAGAUGUCACAGAGCUGUAUCUGGAUGGGAACCAGUUUACACUGGUCCCCAAGGAACUCUCCAACUACAAACAUUUAACACUUAUAGACUUAAGUAACAACCGAAUAAGCACCCUUUCCAAUCAAAGCUUCAGCAACAUGACCCAGCUUCUCACCUUAAUUCUCAGUUACAACCGUCUGAGAUGUAUCCCGCCACGGACCUUUGAUGGAUUGAAGUCUCUUCGGUUACUGUCUCUACAUGGAAAUGACGUUUCUGUUGUGCCAGAAGGUGCCUUCAAUGACCUUUCAGCCUUAUCGCACUUAGCGAUUGGAGCCAACCCUCUUUACUGUGAUUGUAACAUGCAGUGGUUAUCCGACUGGGUGAAGUCGGAAUAUAAGGAACCUGGAAUUGCUCGCUGUGCUGGGCCUGGAGAAAUGGCAGAUAAAUUGUUACUCACGACUCCCUCCAAAAAAUUCACAUGUCAAGGUCCCGUGGAUGUUACUAUUCAAGCCAAAUGUAACCCCUGUUUAUCAAAUCCAUGUAAAAAUGAUGGCACCUGUAAUAAUGACCCAGUUGAUUUUUAUCGAUGCACCUGUCCAUAUGGUUUCAAGGGGCAGGACUGUGAUGUUCCCAUCCAUGCCUGUAUCAGUAACCCAUGUAAACAUGGAGGAACUUGCCAUUUAAAAGAAGGAGAGAAUGAUGGAUUCUGGUGCAGUUGUGCUGAUGGGUUUGAAGGAGAAAACUGUGAAGUUAAUAUUGAUGAUUGUGAAGAUAAUGACUGUGAAAAUAAUUCUACAUGUGUUGAUGGAAUUAACAACUACACAUGCCUUUGCCCACCAGAAUACACAGCUGCUAAUCUGAAUGAGGUGGAAAAAGGUGAGCUGUGUGAGGAAAAGCUGGACUUCUGUGCCCAGGACCUGAAUCCCUGCCAGCAUGAAUCCAAGUGCAUCCUGACACCAAAGGGAUUCAAGUGUGACUGCACUCCUGGAUACAUUGGUGAGCACUGUGACAUUGACUUUGAUGAUUGCCAGGAUAACAAGUGCAAAAAUGGUGCUCACUGCACUGACGCAGUGAAUGGUUAUACAUGCAUCUGCCCUGAAGGCUACAGUGGCUUGUUCUGUGAGUUUUCUCCACCCAUGGUCCUCCCUCGAACCAGCCCCUGUGAUAAUUUUGAUUGUCAGAACGGAGCCCAGUGCAUCAUCAGGACCAAUGAACCGAUAUGCCAGUGUUUGCCUGGCUACCUGGGAGAGAAGUGUGAAAAGUUGGUCAGUGUGAAUUUUGUAAACAAACAGUCCUACCUGCAGAUUCCUUCAGCCAAGGUUCGGCCUCAGACCAACAUUUCACUUCAGAUUGCCACAGAUGAAGACAGCGGCAUCCUCCUGUAUAAGGGUGACAAAGACCACAUUGCUGUGGAACUCUAUCGAGGGCGAGUUCGAGCCAGCUAUGACACCGGCUCUCACCCGGCUUCGGCCAUUUACAGUGUGGAGACAAUCAAUGAUGGAAAUUUCCACAUUGUGGAGCUACUGACCCUGGAUUCGAGCCUUUCCCUCUCUGUGGAUGGAGGAAGCCCUAAAAUCAUCACCAACUUGUCAAAACAAUCUACUCUGAAUUUUGACUCCCCACUUUAUGUAGGAGGCAUGCCUGGGAAGAAUAACGUGGCAUCAUUGCGCCAGGCCCCUGGGCAGAAUGGUACCAGCUUCCAUGGCUGUAUCCGGAACCUUUACAUCAACAGUGAGCUGCAAGACUUCCGGAAAGUGCCCAUGCAAACCGGGAUUCUGCCUGGUUGUGAACCAUGCCACAAGAAAGUAUGUGCUCAUGGCACAUGCCAGCCCAGCAGCCAGUCAGGCUUCACCUGUGAAUGUGAGGAAGGGUGGAUGGGGCCCCUCUGUGACCAGCGAACCAAUGACCCCUGCCUUGGAAACAAAUGUGUACACGGCACCUGCUUGCCCAUCAAUGCCUUCUCCUACAGCUGUAAGUGCCUGGAAGGUCACGGAGGUGUCCUUUGUGAUGAAGAGGAAGACCUGUUUAACCCUUGCCAGAUGAUAAAGUGCAAGCAUGGCAAGUGCAGGCUCUCUGGACUGGGGCAGCCCUACUGUGAAUGCAGCAGUGGAUACACUGGGGACAGCUGUGACAGAGAACUUUCUUGCCGAGGGGAGCGGAUCCGAGAUUAUUACCAAAAGCAGCAGGGUUAUGCUGCCUGUCAAACAACAAAGAAAGUGUCUCGCUUGGAAUGUAGAGGAGGAUGUGCCGGUGGGCAAUGCUGUGGACCUCUGAGGAGCAAGAGGCGGAAAUACUCCUUUGAGUGCACAGACGGAUCCUCAUUUGUGGACGAGGUGGAGAAGGUGGUGAAGUGUGGCUGCACGAGAUGUGCCUCCUAACUGCAUUUCUAGCAGCUUCCAUCUUUGGCGAAGGUUAUACACUUCUUGACCAUGUUGGACUAAUUCAUGCUUCAUAAUGGAAAUAUUUGAAAUAUAUUGUAAAAUACAGAACAGACUUAUUUUUAUUAUGAUAAUAAAGACUUGUCUGCGUUUGGAAAAAAAAUAAAAGACAUACUUGUACUAAAGCUUCCCCUACACUGGAAAAAGUGUGAAGAAAAGCCACACUCGGAGGCAUUAGUGCAGCAGUGGGGACCAUGGCAACACGGAGCCAUCUUUGGAACAUGCUAAUCCUAGCAGAAGCACAUAUACAAGAGCCUAACAUGGGACUGUACAUUCACAUGUGAUUGCCCAGAGCAUAAAACCCAUGACCCCCUUCCCAUCAGUGCAGUUCACAAGAACACACCAAGCACAAGCAUCUCAAUGGGACUGUGAGGCAGGGGAAUGGAAAUCCAGAAUCCAUAGAUAGAUCCAAGGGAUGAGAAAUAUUUUGUGGAAGAUAUAAAAUGUCCUGCCAUCUGGGUUUCAUUCAGGAGAGAAAUGGGUGUGGAGGGCUGCAAUGUAUUUUAUUGUCUUUGGCAAUGAUACAUAUCUGCAGAAACAGCACACGAAGGUGUUUAUCUACCACUUUCCAGUAUUAAUUUUUGUAAUAUAAAUGAUAAAGGAGAUGAUAAAGAACCAAUAGAUUAUUGAUAAAUAAAAAAAUAGUAAUAAUAUGAAUUUUUGUUUUUAUGAGUUCUAAAUAGCCCUAUACAGUAUUCAUUUUCAACGAGAAAUAUUUAUUGUAUUAAAGUACAUUGUACUUAAGGAUUUAGGUCAUCACUUUGGACUGUUUCUCGAUGCUUUAAUAUAUAUUAAUUUAUAAUUAUCCUGAUAUUUUUGUACAUUUUCAAACUUAAAAAAAAAUCAGGAUUUUUUUUGGCAAUAGAACUAACAUAGGAUGUUAUUUUGGUAUCUUGGGAUAGGUAUAUGUUGUUCUCUUGGCUGACCUCGACAUCUGACCACUGAUGUCACUGACCUGUGGCCUCUUUCAGGACACUUGCAGAGGGUUUGCAAAGGCUAUAUGAGUAAAGACAGCAAGUGUACCCAUCUGUCAUAUGUCCUCACAGGAGGAAGGAAAUUAUCUGUAGCGAUGGACAAUAGGAAGUAGACCUUUUACAAAUUAAUUAAUUUUUCCCUGCCAUGCUUUGGGGAAGGGGGGCAGAAGAAAGACUGUCAUGUCAAAAACUGUAAUUUUUCUCCAAACAAUAAAACUCCUUGAUUACCUUACCGCUCCCAUGUUAACAAGUUUGCUUCUAAGUGACAUUGUAGAGUUGAUAAUGAUUUAUAGUUGACUGUGCUCUUCCUUCAUGAAAAUCCCAGGGUGCCCUGUGAAGAUGCAGAUGUUUCUUUAAAAGAAAAACUCUUUUUAACAAUGACAAUUAUGCUUUGUCUUUCUACAGACUAAUAUCGGUUACACUACUGAUGUUUGUAAAUUAAAAGAUGUCUACUUCAUUAACA